AGCACUCCUCCAGGCAGGCAGACAAGCAAGCCAAGCAGUCAGCAUCGUCAAAGAGACAACAACAGUGACACAUCGGGAGUUCGAGUCUUCUCCGCAUCGCAAUGGAUGUCUUUUGAGAGAGGCGGACACAGCAGCGCACCGCGGUAUUCCCUCCAAGUUUCAGCCCCAUGAAGGAGCUCCACCCCGGCUGAGUUUGGGCGAUGGGAGUACUCAACAUUGCAGACCAGCCUCCUCUGGUCCAGGCCAUCUUCAACCGGAAUGCUGAAGAAGUCCAACACUUAUUGCACAAAAAGGAGGAUGUCAAUGCACUGGACCACGAGCGCCGUACGCCGCUUCACGCUGCGGCCUGCAUGGGCGACGUUCACAUUAUGGACCUGCUCAUCGAGUCGGGUGCCAACGUGAACGCUAAAGACCAUGUGUGGUUGACGCCCCUGCACAGGGCGGCCGCUUCGAGGAAUGAAAGGGUCGUGGGUCUGCUGCUGAGGCGCGGUGCCGAGGCCAACGCCCGAGACAAGUUCUGGCAGACAGCGCUCCACGUGGCGGCCGCCAACCGGGCCACACGCUGCGCCGAGGCCCUGCUGAGCCAGCUGAGCAACCUGAACAUGGGGGACCGCACCGGGCGCACCGCCUUGCACCACGCCGCUCAGAGCGGCUUCCAGGAGAUGGUGAAGCUGCUGCUCAACAAGGGAGCCAACCUGAGUGCCGUGGACAAGAAGGAGAGACAGCCCAUCCAUGCUGCUGCUUACUUGGGCCACGUGGAGGUGGUGAAGCUGCUGGUGUCGCGCGGCGCCGACAGGAGCUGCAAGGACAAGCAGGGCUACACGCCUCUCCACGCUGCCGCCGCCAGCGGCCACAUCGACAUCGUGAAAUACCUGCUGAGGAUGGGGGCGGAGAUCGACGAGCCCAACGGCUUCGGGAACACGGCGCUCCACGUGGCGUGCUACAUGGGGCAGGAGGCGGUGGCCACCGAACUGGUGAACCACGGCGCCAACGUCAACCAGCCCAACAAGUGCGGUUACACUCCCCUGCACCUGGCCGCCGUCUCCACCAACGGUGCCCUCUGUCUGGAGUUGCUGGUCAACAACGGGGCGGACGUGAACCAGCAGAGCAAAGAAGGGAAGAGCCCCCUGCACAUGGCAGCCAUUCAUGGACGCUUCACACGCUCACAGAUCCUCAUCCAGAAUGGUGGUGAAAUCGACAGCGUGGAUCGAUAUGGCAAUACUCCUCUCCAUGUCGCUGCUAAGUACGGCCAUGAACUGCUGAUCAGCACUCUGAUGACCAACGGAGCUGACACGGCCAGACGUGGGAUCCAUGGAAUGUUCCCCUUGCACUUAGCUGUGCUCUACGGGUUUUCAGACUGUUGUCGCAAGUUACUCUCCUCAGGUCAGCUGUACAGCAUCGUCUCCUCCAUGAGCAAGGAGCACGUGCUGUCGGCAGGGUUUGACAUUAACACCCCGGACAACUUUGGGAGGACCUGUCUACACGCUGCUGCCUCCGGAGGAAAUGUUGAAUGUCUGAACUUGCUCUUAAGUAGCGGUACGGACUUGAACAGGAGGGACCUCAUGGGAAGAACCCCGUUGCACUACGCGGCUGCUAAUGGGAGAUACCAGUGCACUGUGACGCUGGUGAGCGCCGGCGCCGAGAUCAACGAGCCCGACCAAACGGGCUGCACCCCCCUGCACUACUGUGCAGCCUCACAAGCCUUUGGCAGAAUUGAUGGUCACUUUCCCGGGAGUCAUCAACAUGAUGAAGAGGAUGCGAAGGAGUCCUACUUCUGCCUGGAGCAUCUUCUGGACAAUGGCGCCGACCCCUCCAUGGUCAACGCCAAGGGUUUCAGCGCCGUUCACUAUGCAGCUUAUUAUGGCAACACACAGAACCUAGAGCUGCUCCUGGAGAUGUCCUUUAAUGCACUAGGAGACAUAGAGAGCAGCAUACCCAUCAGUCCCCUGCAUCUCGCCGCCGAGAGGGGUCACUGGCAAGCGCUGCGCGUGCUGACGGAGACCGCCGCCUACGUGGAUAUGCAAGAUGCCGCUGGCCGUUCGGUGCUGUACGUGGCCGCUCAGAAAGGCCACGCCCGCUGCGUGGAGGUGCUCUUGUCCCAGGGAGCCUCAUGUCUCAUCAACGACAACAGCCUCAUUUGGACCCCGAUUCAUGUUGCAGCUGCUCACGGUCACGCCGACUGCCUGCGCAAGAUGAUCGAAUGCGGCGAGGAGGGCGACCUCGCCAACGUUGUCGACAAGUUCGGCCAGACCCCACUGAUGCUCGCCGUUCUCGGAGGCCACAGUGACUGCGUCCGCUUCCUGUUGGCGAAGGAGGCCUUGCCCGAUGCCAAGGACAAAAGAGGCAGCACGGCGUUGCACAGAGGGGCGUUGCUGGGCUAUGACGACUGCGUGACGGCCCUGCUGGAGCACAAAGCUUCUGCGCUGCGUCGGGACGGCCUGGGUCGGACGCCUCUGCACUACGCGGCCUCCAGGGGACACGCCAAGGUCCUUCUCAGUCUGGCGCAGGCGGCGGCGACGGAGCCGCAAGACAAACUGCUGGACAACAAAGGAUUCACCCCGCUACACUGGGCUGCUUACAAAGGGCAUGAGGACUGUUUGGAGGUUUUACUUGAAUUUAAAACAUUUCUUCACCAAGAAGGAAACCCUUUCACCCCCCUGCACUGUGCUCUGAUGAAAGGCCACAGCAGUGCUGCCGAGUGGCUUCUUGAAUGUGGCGGGCUCCAUAUGAUGAACACCAGAGAUGCCAAAGGAAGGACCCCGUUACACGCUGCCGCCUUUGCUGAGGAUGUGGCGGGACUCCAGCUGGUGCUUCGCCACGGGCCGGAGAUCAAUGCGGCAGACAACAGCGGACGUUCUGCUCUUAUGGUGGCUGCCGAUAAGGGACACAGCGGCACCGUGGCCAUCCUCCUUCACCGGGCCAAGGCUGACCUCACACUGCUGGAUGAGAACAAGAACACUGCCCUGCACCUGGCCUGCAACAAGGCUCAUGAGAUGUGCGCUCUGCUGAUUCUGGGAGAGAUCCACAGCCCCGCUCUCGUAAACACCACCAACAGUGCUCUGCAAAUGCCCCUCCAUCUGGCGGCUCGUAACGGCCUGGCCACGGUGGUGCAGGCGCUGCUGAGCAGAGGAGCCACCGUGCUGGCUGUGGAUGAGGAAGGCCACACCCCAGCUCUGGCCUGCGCUCCCAACAAGGACGUGGCCGACUGCCUGGCUCUCAUCCUCUCCACCAUGAAGCCUUUCCCCCAGCUGGACCCUUCCUCCUGCUCUUGCUCCUCGCCUGCCGUCUCCCCCUCGCCGGGCCUCAACCUGCUCAAGCACUGCGGCAUCACGGCCGCCUGCACCCCGCUGCCCAGCAACGGCCUCCACAACGGCUACGUCAAAGACCGCCGCGGCGCGCCCGUCGGCCUGGACGGCUGCCUGUCCGAAUGAUGCCGCCAUCAUCUACCACCGGGGGGCGUCUCCCUUUAAUGUGGACCAGGAGAGCACCCGCCCACAUAUCUAUUGUGUGUAUGUAUGUGCGUGCGUGUGUGAGAGCGUUUGGUUUUCUCUUGAGGUGCAGUCAAACCUAAUAUGCAAUUAGACCCCCAUUCCUCCAUCCCAGAGUAGUACUUUGGAGGCCGGGUUGCUCUACAAGGCCACGCCCAUGGAGUAACACAAGUGGGCCGCGUGGACGUGAUUGGAACCCUUUAAGUCUCCUCGUCAUAUCACUUUGGUGACCUUGUAGAGGAACACGCAGCCCUUCCCCAAAACACUCAUCAAAGAGUUUCCUUUUUGGUUUUUACUUGUACGUUAGCCUAGUUUUUUUUAAUUAUUAUUAUUUUUUAAAUGAAGGAACCACACAAGGGAAAAUGAGCUGAAGAGUGCAAUGCGUGUGUACUACAGUACAAAACGGAAGAUAUCGCGGCGUACUUUUGAAAGGUACGUCCUCUUAUCAGGCAGUGGUUCUCAACCGGUGUGGGUCCCGCCCACCGUCGCCCCCAAAUGACAAGCGGCGGCCCUCAUAGCCUGCAUUCUCCAACCCUAGUAUCUUCGAUUUAAAGCAGAGGUGUCCAAAGUGCAGCCCGUCGCUGGUUUUUUCUUAUUUCUUUUUUUUGUCCGCAGAAAACUAAAAAAAGUAAACGGCAAAAUGGAAAGAUUUUGCAAGAAUAAAAUCCAAAUAUUAAAAGGAAAAAGUAAUAAUCUCAAGAGAAAAAAACAACAUAAUUUUACGAGAAUAAUGUUGUAAUAUUAUGAGGAAAAAGAAGGUAAUUUUAGUAGCUUAAAGUGAAGGAGCAGUGGCUCUACUCUGAGCUCCUCCCAGAUGACCGAGCAUCUCACCUUAUCUCUGAGGGUGAGUCCAGCCACCCUGCAGAGGAAACUCAUUUCAACCACUCUUGUUCUUUCAGUCACGACCCAAAGCUCAUGACCAUAGGUGAGGGUGGGAAACAUAGAUCGACCUGUAAAUUGAGAGCUUUGCCUUCCGGCUCAGCUCUCUCCACCAUGACCUGUCCGCUACAGCGACCGCGUUACUGCAGACACUGCGCCGAUCUAGUCCGGAUGCCUCCCGGACGCCUCCCUGCUGAGGUGUUCCAGGCAUGCCCAGUCGGGAGAAGGCCCCGGGGAAGACCUAGGACACGCUGAAGGGAUUAUGUCUCACAGCUGGCCUGGGAACGCCUUGGUGUCCUCCUGGUAGAACUGGAAGAGGUGGCCAGAGACUGUGAGCUGUACCAGGAUAAGUGGAAGAAAAUGGAAUGGAAUAGUAGCAUAUAGUUGAAAUAUUAAGGAACGAUGCAAUUUUUUAAAGUCCUAAUUAUAUAAGAAACAAGCAAACAUUUUUUGGAAAAUUAGGCAGUCGGAAAAGUUCUAAUGUUAUGAGCCUAAAGUCAAACUAUUAUGGGGUUAAAAUCAUAAUUACGAGAAGAAAGUUUACAGGAAGAGUAAAAAAAAACCCAUCAGAAAUGGGGGGAAAAAAGCAGCUGUAAUUUUAAAAAGAAAAAGAUGUAAGCACACGAGAAAAAAACAAUUUUACGAGAAUGUAAUAUGAGGAACAUUAACGUAAUUUUAUUAGUAUAAAGCUGAAAUAUUAAAGAAUUAUGCUUUUUUUUUUUUUAAGUCUCAAAAUAAGAAAACAACCAGUUUAAGUUGACAUUUUUGCAAAAUUAGGUGACGGAAAAUGUUCUAAUGUGAGAAUAAAGUCUAAAUAUUAUGACAAUAAAAUCAUAAUUACAAGAAGAAAGAAAAAACUGCAGAAAUAGGGAAAAAACUGUUGUAAUUUAAGAGAAUAAAAUUGAAAAUAGUACGAGAAAUACGUUACAUGCUAACAGGAAAAAAGUGGGAAUUUUAUGAGAAUAAACUCGUAAUAUUAUGAGGUAAAAUAAGGACAUUUGAGUUGCAUAGAAUUUAAUAUUGAGAAAAGUCAGUCAGUAUUAUGACUAACAAAACAACAAAUAAAGUUGCCAUUUUUGGAAAAUUAGAUGGCGGAAAAACUUGUAAUGUUAUGAAAAUAAAAUCAAAAUAUUAUCAAGUCAGAAUUACGAGAAGAACAUUUACAAGAAGAAAGUCGAAAAUUAAAAAAAAAACCAGCAGAAAUGGAAAAAACAGCGAGUGAGCAAGUCAAAAUAUUAAGAGAAAGUUGUAUUCUAACGAGGAAAAAAGUUGCAAUUUUAUGUGAAUAAACAUGUAAUAGUAUGAGGGAAAAAUAUCAUUUUAAUAGCAUGGAGUUGUUUUUAUUUUUUUUUUUAAGUUGUAAUAUGAAAAACAAACCAAACAAAAGUUGACACUUUUGAAAAAUUUGAUUGAGGGAAAAAGUUCUAUUAGGGGAUUAAAGUCAUUAUGAAAAGAAACAUUUGAGGAUUGUUUAAGACGAAAGUUGACUGUAUAAGCGGUAAAGUUGCACCCUUUCCAAUUUUCAGCAUGUGGGAAAAAGUUUGGACACCCCUGAUUUAAAAAGGGCCGUUUGCAACGGACAAGAAUGCGAGGUGCAUUCACGGACAUGGGUCCUUCCGUUAUUAUUUUUUGCUCAGGCGCAGACCAGUUGAGAACCACGCGCUCUCUCUCUCUCUCUCUAGGUGGCGCCGCCGCGCUGAGUUAGGCGAGAAGCGCGACGGAGGCGCCAGGAAAAGAUGCGAAGCUGGAACGUUUCUCAGCAUAUACGUCAUGACCAAAGUUGAUCAACACUACUAUGGCUAUACAAUUAUUUAUUUGAGAUGAACUCGUACUGUACAGAGAAAGACAAUAGAUCUCGAUAUACCUCGUCAACUCGUUUAGCAGCUGCUUUCAUCUUUUGGCCCGGGGUCCGCAGGCCCGCCGUUCCCUUGUCGCAGGAGAACGGCGGUGGUGUCGGAUGAUAGCGAAGCGACCGAGGCCUUGUUUAUUUCCUGGAUGAAGGCUUUACAAGUAAUAUAUAUAUAUAUAUAUAUAUAUAUAUAUAUAUAUAUCUCCGCCAACAACACCUCAUGAAAUAUGUGAGCACAUCAAUGAUGAACAAGCCAUUUCAAUUGCGUUCUCCAUCUGGUGGAGCCGUGUUUGUGCCGCCUCAGCGCUCCUGUAGGCCUCCUUUUCCUCGUGUUCGCCAGUCUUCAACUCGUCUUAAUAGCUUCUAUCUUCUCGGCGGUCGUCAAUUUGAUGAGUAUCGUCUGCUUAUGUUUUGUUUUUUUUUUCCUCCAUUGUCAUAAUUUGGCGGUUUCCGAGCAAUAUUUUUUUCUUUUUUGCCCUUUUUCUGUUUUUCUUUUUUUGUUGUAUUGACUAGACAAUCACUGUCACAAAAGGGCUUUUGUUUCCCUGGAAUGUGUUUUUUUUUUCUUCUUCUUCUUUUUCGUCUUUAACGUCAGUGAAAGAUGACCUAAAGACCUAAAAGGAACGGCUCCGUGUGUUCCGGGCAUUUUAAACCGUCUGUGUCAACACAAAUGCACUGGAUUGCCUUUGACGGCGUCUCAUCAAAUGCCUUUUUCGACCCAUGCCUUCCGUCAUUUCAGAUGAAACCGCAUCGUGGCAAAAGUAUUACGAUAGCCCCCACCCCCCCACCCCCAUUCUGACCUCCUGCUUCCAUGCCUGUGUAGCAUUGAGCAGGGUUCAGUAGAUGCAGCAGACGUGAUGUUGAUGAUCAAGCUUAGCACCUCUGCUGGUUGCAGACAAGUACUGCGCUCCAUUGCUACCAAUUUUUGACACAAGCAACUUAAUCCAGGGGUGUCUCAACAUAUAGUAAUCCCUCCUUCAUGGCGGUUCAUUGGUUCCUGACUCGACUGUGAUAGGUGUCGCAGGAUUCCUUAUGUAUAAAUGAAAUUUUUUGCAGUUAUGGCAUAGAAAACCUGUUUAGGACCUUCUAAAUAUGGUUUUUAACAUUAUUAGAGCCCUCUAGAUGAAGACUUGUAGUCACCUUUACACUCGUCGUGGGCUAAGGCCGCAACAGUAGCCCAUGUUGUUAUUACUACAGUCGUCCCUCGUUUAUACGUAAUUGGGUCCAGACCCAAAUUUCAGGAAAGUAGAAUUCAGUAAUAAUAAAUUGAAUGUUUUUGUAGUUAUGGCAUAGAAAACCUGUUCACCCGCCUUCUAAAUAUGGGUUUUAACGUUAUUAGAGCCCUCCAGACAUGAAGGAACACCCCUAUAGUCACCUUUACACUCCUAUUACCCAAUAUAGCAGACAUAAGAGUAAAGAUGCCAUUUAAGAUGUAAAUAUUGUGUGCAAACCAGUAAAUAUUUUUCUAGGGGACCUUAGUGGCGGGCGGACAGAUGUGUGGAGGACAGGAAGUGACGUCAGAGGUUGAGUUGAAUUAGAAAAACCGCAAUAGAGUGAGGGCUACAUGUGGCGAGGGACGACUGUAUUAUGUUAUUAUUGUGCCUGUUGUGAGAUCAUUUAAAACUGCAAUAAAAGCCUGUUCUGGCGAUCACGUCAAUUACUGACACCUAGUGGCCAACGUAGAAUACUACACUCGUAAGUUGAAUGCUGGUCUUAAUGGCUUAUAUUUGCAUUUCGGUUUAUUUUGCCAUUUUUUGUGCUUGAAAAUGCUUAAUUUUGUCCAAUUUGCUUAAAUAUGCAUGAAGUGAUAUUUUUCAUUUAAUUAAAUUAUUGAAUCUCAUUAUUAAAUGGGAAAAAUCUAUUAAAAUACAUUAUAAAUAAUAAUAAAUAAUUACAUUAAAUAAUUACAUUAAAUUAAAUGGAAAAACAUUACUAUAUGCUAAAAAAAAAAUAAAAUGAAAAAAAAAGCAUCAUUUUAUCUUCAUAAUACACCAGAGGAUUUUGGACACCCCUGGAUUAACCUUGAUUAAUCCAUGAUUAAUUCAUCAUGCUGCCCAUCCCUAGCGUCAAGUGUUUUUUUGUAAUUUAUUGUCUCUUCAUCCCGUUUCUGCUACUGAAGCGUACUAAAGAUUGUAGAUGGUAUCGGACCACGCGCAGUGUUUUUUGUUUGUUUGUUUAGGUUGUUGUUUGUUUGUUUGUUUUUUUCAAACUUGACGUUCUUUGUCAUCGUCGGUCGUGUGUGAUGGCUUUACGUCUAGCCGGGAGCCAAGUGGAUUGAUGGGUGGCAACGAACUAGACUUCCCUCCCCUCCCCUCCCCUCCCUUACCCGUACCGCCAUCCCCUUACUCGCUAAUCUGACACAAAAAAACAGACUUUUAUUGAUUGACGCUCAUUAUUCCUCUCUGAGGUGACGUUGGGUACAUUUGUGAUCUCAGGAUCUAGUCGUGCUUGGAGUGGCAAGCCAAAAUUAAGGAACCAAUCAGAUCUCAGCAGGAUUGUGAGUAGUAGAUUUUUUUUUUUUUUGUUUGUUUUUUUUUUACGUGAUGUUCCAUGAAAAUUGAUUCCCUUUUUUUUAUGAAAAAAAAAAAAUCUUAAUCCUGCAGCACUUAAUAAGGAAAUAAGUAGUCAAGCAGGCACUUUAAGUACAUUCAGGUUGAAAGUGUGCAACAUGGAGCAGAUGUAAUGUACUGUAUGUACUUAUGUUUACAUGCACGCGUGUCGCUGGCGGCGUCCACUGCCCACUGGCUUUUUGGUCGUCUCGUUCUUUUUUUUUUUUUUUUGUGGUUUCUCGUGUGUGUGUGUGUUUUCCAGCCCGAGUCAACUUGCACCUCACACACACACUCACACACAAACUCAGCCAUUUGUAGGUGCUCGUCUGUUCUGGCAGGGAUGAUUUUAUCUUUAUUUAUUUCCUCUAAUGAUGUCCAAAUGUUAGCAGUAACGCAACGAUACAAUCUUUUAGUUUGGGACACAGUGUUCUUUUUCAUGCUUUGUGUGUGUGUGUUGUUUGUGUGCGUGUGUGUUGAUGCAGAUCAAGUACAGUAAAUAUGGGGAUGGUCCAGUCGUAGCAAUAGAGCAGCACAAAGCAUCCACUUAGGCCCAUUCACGGAUCCCAACGGUGGAUUCCAAAAGCGGUUUUCCACUUAUUGCCAAAACCUGCGGAAGUGGGAGGGUGGGGAGCCACAGCAGCAGCAAUUGAUUAAUUGAUGCAUUCUUUCAGGCCGUUUACAGUAUGACCAUCCAAUCUGAGCCAUGACUGAAAUGAAUGUCGGUUCUGAAUUUUGUGAGCCGGUAGCGUGUGAACGAGUGGCUGCGUUUCUGCUUCGUGCCUCCGGGGCACGUUGACAUGCGUUUCUUUGAGAAUGCCUUACCGCACUGGGAUGAAACCACACACACCGGAUUUGAGAAAAAAAACACACCUAAGCUACGCCCAUUUAGUGCCAUAGAAACCUUGAUUUGCCUUUUAGACACAAUUAAGUUGGACUCCCAGAUAUUCUACUACUAUAACGUUGCAUGAGUAGAACCAAUACUUGCAUGAAUACUUGCACGUACAGUGGAACCCAAAGUGCCCGCUUAAGUCGGCGCCACCUACGCAACCCACCGCUUAUGUGAACGUAACAUUUCAUGUCACUUCUGUUUAUGUUGACGUGUCGCAGUAUUGUCAGUAGGGCUGUCCCGAUCCGAUAUUAGCAACAACAACAAAAAAAGUACGGUAAUCCCUCGUUUAUAACAGUUCAUUGGUUCCAGACCAGACCGUGAUAAGUCAGUUUCCACCAAGUAGGAUUCCUUCUUUACAAAUAGAAUAUUUUGGUAGUUAGAGCAUAGAAAACCUGUUUACCACCUUUUAAAUACAGUAGACGCCCUUACAACGUAAAUAAUCCGUUCCAAGAACCUUUAUGUUGUAGGGUUUUUACGUUACACGAAGCGUAAAAUACAUGUAAAUAGUCUAAUCCCUUCCAAGAUCUUCCCAAACACAGCGCUUUGGCACUUCAAAAUAUUCAAAGUCCACCAAAUAUGGUGGGAAAAUAUAAGAAAAUGUUAGCAUAAACAUAGUAGAGUAACAUUCCAAUAUAAAAUAAGAUAAAUAAGAUUACUGUAAAUGAAUAAAACUGAAAAACAAAAACAAUCCUACCGUUCACGAGAUGUCUUGAUCAGGAGCACGCAAGUGGAGGCAGGAAGGAGGAGGAGGACUAGCCUGAGUCGAAACACGACUCAAAGAGUCUAAGAGUCAGCUGGUCUCAGACAAACGCACACGCAGUACACGAUAAUGCUGUGUGCAAAAUUUUAAUUUGUAACUUAAGUUAGUUUCAGGGGGACUACGAAGAGGAAGGAGUUUGAAGGGAGAAGCCUGUCUCUCACACUAACGUACAUGCCGUAUAACUCAGCCAAUGAGAUGAGAGCAUAAGCGGUGCCCCGAUAAUCAGCCAAUGAGAUGAGAGCGGAGGCGGUGCCCCGAAAAUCAGCCAAUGAGAGCGUGAUGCGUCAGAAGGCGUCACCAAGUGUUAGUCUGAACUUGCACCGACUUGAGGCAUUAAUAAAGUUGAUUGGAAAAAAAAAGACUUGCACUGACUUGACACUUUAUGUUAUAUGGAAUUUCUUCUGUAAUACGAUGCAAAAACUUUACAUAAAUUCUUUAUGUUCAGUGGAAUUUAUGUAAAAGGAAGUUUAUGUUAUGCGAGGUACUACUGUACGUUCUUUAACAUUAUCAGAGCCCUCUAGACAUGAAAUAACACCCCUAUAGUCACCUUUACUCUCCUAUUACCCAACCUCACAUAAUCAGAGAAAAUAAGACAUAAACCACUCCUCUUGCCCAAUAUAGUAGAUAUAAUAAGAGAAAAAAGACAAAACUUGUUUAUGACCCUCUAAAUUUUUUUUAUAAAAUUAGAGCCCUCUAGACAUGAAGUAACACCCAAUAGUCACCUUUACAUUCCUAUUACCCAAUAUAGUAGGCAUAAUAAGAAAAAAAUAAACAUAAGACAUUAAACACUCAUAUUGCCCAAAUAGUAGCCAUAAGAGAAUAUAAGACAUAAAAUAUUUGUAUUACCCAAUGUAGUUGACGUAAUAAGAGAAAAUAAGACAAAGACCACUCGUAUUGCCCAAUACUGUAUAGUAGACAUAAUAAUUACAUGUUGCCGCAGGAAGUACACAGUCUAGAAAAAACAAGGAACUUUCCCAAUGCUAACAUGUGAGAGUUAACUUUGUCUGGCUUAUUUUCUUAUUUUCUUAUGUCUCCUAUAUUGGGUAAUAGGAGUGUAAAGGUCACCAUAGGGGUGUUAUUUCAUGUCUAGAGGACUCUAAUGAUGUUAAGCAUAUUUAGAAGGCAGUAAACAGGUUUUCUGUCUUAUUUUCUCUUAUUAUGUCUGCUAUAAUUGGGUAAUAGGAGUGGAAAAGUGUUAUUUCAUGUCUAGAGGGCUAACAUGUCUAAUCAUGUUAAAAAGCGUAUUAGAAAAUGGUAAACAGGUUUUCCAUUUUUUACCAAAAUAUUCCAUUUAUAAAUAAGGAAUCCUACUUUUGGGAUUUCACGAAAAGUCUUUGGGGAAAAAAAAAUCUGAAAAUAUAUUCAAACUUUACUCAAAAAUGUAAAUUUUUUUUUAAAUAUACAACUUUAUUUGAGAAAAUUGGCCAUUUUCGGAAAAAAGGAGGACACUCUCAGCAGCCAUUUUUAUUUGUCUGUAUAUAUAUAUAUAUAUAUUUGGUUUUUUUUUUAAUUGUUAAGCCACCGGAAGAAAGGUUUGCGCUUGUACAAAAACUUUAACGGCAUUGUCGUCGAGACAUCCGACCAAAUUAGCACAGCAGCUGUGUUAGAUGAGAAUAUAAAAUAUGAAAAGACAAGAAUGUAUGUCAUAUCGGCACACGUGGUGCUUACGCCGGGUCCCGGGGGUGUCGACGCAAGCGGGUUCCACUGUAUUCUGUCACUAAGUUUUUAGAAUUGGACAAGAAAACAAUCCCUCGUGUGUGUGUGUGUGUGUUAGCAGAGAAGCUAUUUUAAAAAAAAAAAGAAAAAAAAAGCAGCAUGUAAUAUUUAGAAUUGAUUUGCCUCUAUCGAUGUCGGUUUUUACUUGAAAAAAAAAUCAGUUCAACUCUCUGAUCCACUGUUGAGCCUUUUGCCUUACUUAUAAAAAAAAACAAAAAAAAAAGAUUUCAAUCCCUGGCAAUACCUGCGCCACUGCUAAAACCGGCAACAUUUAUUUUUCUUUAUUUUUUCGGGCCUUGGGGUGUCUGUGGCGGUAGGUAGGUAGGUAGCACAUACGGUAGCUGUCCGCGCAGCGCAGCGAUCAGGAGGAUUAAGGCCAUAUUGGCCACAGUGAAGCCACGCGUUGGGAAUCGACUGCUAAACAAUCAAUUCCGGCUUCAACGAGCCGGAAUUGCAAAUGCAUGUCGGCGGAAAUGUCGUCUUUUCUUCCCCCUUUCUUGUCCUACAUUUACUUACCCAAGUCGCAGCCUGCUGCACCUUCUCGUACUUUUUGGACCUGAACUUUUUACCUCAUCCCGUGUGCGACAACGCUAAAUGCUUUCUUUUGUUGUUGUUUCUCCCAAGGCCUACAGGGUGACUGGUACUGUCUAAUUCUUGGAAGGUAGCUACUUCACUCCCCCGCCUGAAUGCUUGGUCAUUAGCCACACCCCUUUGCCUCCCAACCAGUAGGACGUGUGUACCGUCCAGCACAACGGUGGCACGGUGCCUUUUAAUCGUUACUGCCGAAAGGUACGGUCUUCCAUUUGUAUCUCUUGGACGCCUUACACCAUGGGUGUCCAACGUGCGUCCCGCAGCACAUUCUGAAAAUAUCAUUUCACAUCAAAUCUGGGAAAAAAAAAAAAAAAAAACAGAAAA